AUGGAGAGACUAGAAGCAAACGACGAUAUAAUGGGUGGACAGGUGAAUGACAAACGAUCGAGGACGAAUGGUAAACGGUACGAGGACCGACGAACCAGCUACAAACAUCUCAAAAAAACAAACAUGCGAGCUUCGUAUUCGCCUAACACUCCACGCCCUGUCGCCUGGCUGGCCUUUGUAGAGGUCCUGGUACGCAAUUUCGGCGUCCUUCACCCUAUGGACAAUGUUGUCAUUGUUGACGCUUCCGUGACGCCUGCAGGCGCAUUAUCGUCAUCUAUCCACGUUUUUCGCGGCCAAAACGGCGGCGAUUGGAUUCUAACCAUCACAAUCGACGAUGACAACAACAAUCUGGUAUCCCGACGCGGGUUUGGGCACCAGGUAGUUCCGUUCAACCCGCAGGAUUACAUGGAAAUUGAUCCUUUCCAUGUAUUGAUCGCGUACACCAUUUGUCUUUUUUUCUUGUAG